AUGUCACUGAGAAGAACAUCAUUAUGUGGACAUUCGGAAGGUCGACCGAGUCUUGCAUCCGUUAUUGAAUUCAAUCAGCCACCAUUAGUGGGCACCUACGAUUUAAAUCGAGUAUCAUUGGAAAUUAGUCGAGAAUUUCUCUUCUUACUUGCUGAGCUGAACUUUCAAGCUGAUGAUCGUUUUAAGUUCAGCGAUUUGCAUGAAAAAGCUCUUGAGAGUGCAAUAGAGACGCUGAAAGUUAAACAUCAACAACGAAUCAUUCGUUUAAAAACAACAAAGAACCAGGAUUGUAAUGUUUAUGUUGAAAUUAAAUUGAACUAUGUAUACCGACGAAAAACAGAUAUGGUUGAAAUUAGUGGCACUUUAAUAGAAAAGGAUACCACUCUUCCUCUCACAACGAUCAAUCGAAAAUCAACAAUACAGGUUGAACCAACGAGACGGCGAAAUCCGAUUCGAUUUAAACUGCUUCGCAAGUAUCUUUGUAUCCCUCAUCACCGAACGACCAUGAGUCCACCACCCUCUCCAUGA